ACAGCUUUGCCAAUAAAACAUUAUUUCUUUUUUCUCAGAAAAAAAAACAAGAUUUGAGAAAGCAUAACUGUUGACUAUGCUCUGUUCAAUAACAACGAAAACUUAUUUUCGAAAAAAUAUUUUAUUUCUUUCAUAAUCAUCAGUGCUGCCAACUUUUAUUUUCAAUAAGCUCAAUGAGUUACGUUUGAAGGUUAAUUAUUUAGUUGCGCAACGACUCAACAGUACGACACACAUCUCGCCGAUGUAAUAAAAAGAAAAACACGUUGCUGUAUUGUCAAAAUCAGCAGAAAUCAAUCAAUCAAAAUAAUAUAUAAUUGAAGUGGUGAAACGGCAGAGUGUAGACAAAAGACGGUCUCAAUAAAAACAUUAAAUCACGAAUACCAUAAGGAAAAUGAAGCCGCAAUUGGCGGAUACCAAAGUUAAUUUACAAGUUGGUUCUGGUGAGGCUGACGAAUGUCUGUUCGAAUAUUUACACGCUGAAAUGGUUAACUAUGUGCAUUCAAUGCCAUCGAGUGAUAAUAACCAAAAAGAUGGGGAAGAGGAUCUGUCGAAAUUGGAGUGGAUGGGAUUCGGCGUGGGAUACAGGGUGAUUGAGCGUUUGACCAGAGAGUGGCCACGUUUUAAGGAUGAGCUUGACAUGAUUAAAUUUAUAUGCACCGACUUCUGGUCAAGUCUCUAUCAAAAACAAAUGGACAAUCUGAAAACUAAUCAUCACGGCAUUUAUGUCCUUCAAGACUAUGAAUUCAGACUUUUGUCUAAGCUUGGUUCGGGCGAAAGCAAUCAAUAUUUGCGAGAGGCGCCUAGAUUAUUAGCUUUCACUUGUGGCCUGCUGCGAGGGAGCCUCGCUAAUUUGGGAAUAAUCAGCGAAGUCACAGCAGAAAUAUUUUCUCUUCCUGGCUGUAAAUUUCAUGUGAAAGUUCAGAGGGUCUGAUCCUUUCGUCUUCUUCCACCUAAUCUGUACUACUUUAACAAAUGUAUUAUAUUUAUUAUAAAAGAAUUUUGAUAA